AUGAACGCCCUCGUCUGCACUCGCCAGGCCAGCAACGCACCCUCCUUCACCUCUGUUGCGUGCGACUGACAAUCUCAUCACUUCCACCACCUCAGCCUGUCGUCUUCCGCAGUGGAGAAGGACCACUGACGACCCAAACUACAGCUUCUGGACGCUGGCCGCCACGACGUUCCGGCCCAGAUUCGCCCGCUGCAUGUCCACCACACGAAUCGUGUUCUGGCCCGCCACAUAAUACAUUACUCGCCGAUCGUCCCUCACCGUAUUGCUCUAUACAUUUCACAAAUCCGUGGAGAUAUCGCGCGAAGCCCUCGACUAUCACCGCGCAACCGCACAUCACUCGGCUCCCACAUCCGUCUUGGUUCCUGGCGGGGAGCAAACCACGAUGGGCCUCUCGUAUCUUGGGAUUGCCUUUUUAGGCCUGCUGGCUUACUAUGCACUGAGCACUUACAGAAACCUCGCCAAGAACAUCGCCGCCGCGAAGCAGACCGGCCUUCCGUACAUCGUGCUUCCCGUCUACACUUUCAAUCGAGCCUGGCUGAUCACCCAUCGGCUAUGGCUUCCCUUCAUCGAUGCCAUCGCGAAAUUCCGGAAUUCACAGUGGCGACCAUACAUUGUGCCAGAAUUCGCCUGGGCCAAGCAAUAUGAAAGCUUCCGGGAACUUGGCAGUGACAUGUUUAUCCUCGUCUCUCCAGGCGCGAAUACACUGUUCGUGGCCGAUGCAGAGGCAGCUGCUCAGAUAACCACCCGACGCAAUGACUUUCCCAAGCCCAUCUGGAUGUACACGAGUGUCGACCUGUUCGGCAAAAGUGUCGUCUCGACCGAAGGUCAUGUCUGGCGACAGCAUCGUAAAGUGACCAGUCCACCCUUCACUGAACGCAACAAUAAAUUGGUGUGGGAUGAGUCGUUGAGGCAGACACAGGGUAUGAUGACCGGAUGGACCGCUGAAGGCCAAAAAGACAGCGGAACUGUAGAAGACGUAGCCACAGAGUCCAUGCGUCUGUCAUUACAUGUGAUUAGUGCGGCAGGUUUUGGCGUUCAGCUCCACUGGCCACAUGAAGGGAAGGUCGCGACUGUUCCAGAAGGACACACCAUGACUUACAAGGACGCCUUGGAAACACUGCUGCACAAUCUGAUUUUGGUCGUGAUAACACCACGAUGGCUGUUGCCACGAUCACCUCUACGGAUGCACAAGGUUGCAAACGAGGCGUACGUAGAGUGGGGCAAGUACAUGAAAGAAAUGUACCAAUCCAAGAGGCAGGAACUCAGAGCUGGCGAGGGCAGAGAGGGUCUGGAUCUGAUGGGUGCACUCGUCAAAGGCGCUGGUCUAACUCAAGAAACUCUCAAUAUCGAUGUCAAUGUUGACACAAAUAAAGCUCAAGCCAAGUCCGGACAGCCUGCCAUGACGGACGAGGAGAUCAUGGGGAAUGCCUUCGUCUUUAUUCUUGCAGGCCACGAAACUGCCGCGAACACAAUUCACUUUUCGAUUCUCUUCCUAGCCAUGCACAUGGCUUCUCAGCGGCGCCUGCAAAAAGACCUCGACGACAUCCUUGGCAAUCGACCGCACUCCGAAUGGGACUACGAAACUGACAUGCCCAAACUCUUCGGCAGCAUGUGUGGAGCCGUCAUGAACGAGCAACUUCGCCUGAUCCCACCAGUCAUCGGAAUUCCCAAGACGACUACCCCAGAUCGCCCACAAACCCUCACCGUCGACGGGAAACAGAUCACGAUAGCAGAAAACACAUAUGUCACGCUCAUCACCAGCGCAGUCCACCGCCACCCCAAGUACUGGCCACACACCUCUGAAGAAGACCUCCUCGAAUUCCGCCCCGAACGUUGGCUUCUGGACCCCACCAAAUCUCAAUCCCACACUGCCACUGACGAAGAAUACACCAAAGAAGAAGGCCUCGAAUUCGACGAAACCGACAAACGUCCCGAUACCGCCGCAUCCCUUUUCCGCCCCGCCAAAGGCGCUUACCUCCCCUUCAGCGAAGGCUACCGUUCCUGCCUCGGCCGGCGAUUCGCCCAAGUCGAAAUUCUCGCCGUUUUGGCUGUGAUUUUCAAGGCUUGGACUGUGGAAUUGGAUGUUAGUAUGUUUUUGAGCGAUGAGGAGUUUGAGAAGGCGAGUGAGGAGGAGAAGCGGGAGGCGUGGAAGAAGGCGGAUGCCAGGGCGAGGGAGUUGUUGAAGACGGGGAUGAUGACGAUUAUUACGAUUCAGAUGAGGACGGGAAAGGUGCCGUUUCGGUUUGUGAGGAGGGGGAGUGAGAGGUUUGGGUUUAUGGGGUGAGGAGACAGACUAUUUUUGAAGGGGGAACAGAAUGUGGUUGGGGAUGGUGAUGAUGAUGGAAUUUGCAGGCGAGUGUAACAGAACUGCAGAAAGAGAAAAUAAUUCUGAGCG